ACCUCAAUAAGGGUUCUUCAAAAUACAGCCAGCUCUCCUGGACUCCUUUCCCCCUCAUGCUAUUCUUCGAGGGAAUCCUGCCCAUCAGGAUGAGUUUCAAGUGAGUACAAGUAUUAAGGCAUUAAAGUCUAGGGCAACUCUUCAGUCGCUGGGCAUCUACAAGCUAGGACAAAAAAGAGGGUUCAGUCCCCAAUCCAAGCAUAGACUGCGCACAUCUCAGUACAUAGCUCAAUGCCACUAUGAGCCACAGAGAAAGUAAGGCAAAUUCCCCAAGCAUAAACCAUCUGGCCCACCAUCUUCAUCAUCCCAGCCUCUACAGCCAAACACCAGUUUUGACGGGUGGGUCAAGGCACUGUUAGACCGCUCUGCCCAGCUAAUUCAGCAGACCAUCGCUUUACAUCCAUUUGGUCACUGAUUGGCAGCAUUCCACAGUGCCUGGGAACGCAUAACAUCAAACUGAUGGGUCUUUGAGAUCGUUCAAACUGGGUACUCCAUCCAUUUUACCUCCCUUCCCCAUCCCUCUUCAUGGACUCUUCUCAUGAGAGUUUACUGCGAUAAGAGGUAGAUGGUCUUUUCCAAUUAGGAGCCAUAGAACCGGUACCUCAAAAUCUAUGAGGCAAAGGGUUCUACUCUCAUUAUUUCCUAAUACUCAAAAGGAAGGGAGGUUGGAUACCCAUACCAAACCUGAGAACUCUCAAUAAGUGUGUCAAUGCUCAAAAGUUCAAGAUGGUCACCUUAUCAACGAUCAUUCCAGCACUGGAACAGGGAAAUAAGUGUCCUGAAGAUCAGAGGUUGAAAACCAGUUUUCAUAUUUUCAGUCCUGCCGACUCUCAGAUGAUUUCUCAGAUUCACUGUGGGCCAAGAACACCACCAACACAGGGUGAUUCCCUUCAGCCUAUCAUCGGCCCUGAGAGUAUUUUCCAAGGUCCUCUCAGUGGUGGCCAGUCACCUGCGCUCCAAAGGGAUCAUGAUUUAUCCAUACCCGGAUGACUGCCUCCUCAGAGCCCAAUCCCUCCAAGAGGCUCACCAAGUCACCAAAGCUGCAAUGCACUUGUUUAUGGAACUUGGCCUACAGAUCAACACCCAGAAAUCAACCCUCACUCCAGUACAAUGGCUGGAAUUAAUAGGUGCCAACUUCGACUCGUUACAGCCUAGACCUUUCUUACCUCAACACAGGUUCCUCUCCUUGGUCACGUUCAUAGAGACCAUUCAGAGCAGCCCGCAAAUAUCAGUCAGACUCAGUCUCCAACUCUCGAGGCAUAUGGCAGUGAGCACAGCGGUGAUACCACAUGCCAGGAUUCACAUGAAAUGCUUUCAAAUGUGGUUCAGCUCAGUUUACAGACCAAACAGACACAGACUAGACAAGCCCCUGUCACCACCCACUAGGAUCAAAAACUCCAUAGACUGGUAGAAGGAGCCAGCCAAUGUUUGGAAAGGGAUCCUCCUCUUGCAAGCCCCACCGUCGUUACUUCUCACCACUGACACAUCACAAAUAGGAUGGGGCGUGCAUCUAAACGGCCUCACAACACAAGGCAGGUGGUCGCCGAUGGAGAUAUCUCUUCACAUCAGUCUCCUCAAGCUAGGAGCAGUCAGGAUCACCUCUGCCCAUUUCCUCUCACUGAUCAAAGGAUCCCAUAUGAAGAUCCUAAUGGACAAUAUAGCCUGUCUGUACUACAUUAAGUGAUGGGGGAGCCCUCCCUCUCUGUGGAAGCGAUGAGGCUAUGGAACUGGUUCAUCUCCCAUGACGUCCUACUGUCUACAGCUUACCUCCCAGGCACACAAAAUUCAAUAGCGGACAGUCAGUUGCAAAUUCCCACACGACCACAAGUGGGAAAUAGACCCAACAACACUUCAUGACCUAUUCAGAUGUUGCAGGACACUGUCCACAGAUGUGUUCACCACUCACUUGAACAAGAAAUGUUCACGCUACUGCUCCAGAGUGGGGAUAGGACAGCAUUCCGUGGGCGAUGCUGUCCUCCUCCCCUGGGAUAGGGACCUUCUCUACAACUUUCCUACAUUUUACCAUGAUAUUAUUAACAGUUAGUUUUUUCAAAUGAUACCUUACAAAGCAUAUUUUAUACAAAGAUUAUUACAGUAGUGUGUAGGGUGUAAAUAUAGGAGUAUAUUCUGUUACAAUAGGCCACCCCAAUUAAGCAACUUCUGCUACGUGUAUCUUGACUUUGUAAGAACAGUAUUGUUCUGUGUUUAUGUGAAAGAGAUUUUCAAAGGCAAAAAUGGGAACGAGGUUCCUAACUGUCAUUUGUGCCUUUUGAAAAUCUCCCCUGUAACUUAUUGUAUAACUAUUUUCUGAAGACUGACAUCUUAUUUCUUUGUUGCUUCAUUCUUUUCAGGUACUCAUGUUCCACUGAGAUGUUAGCAACAGGUGGACACUUCGAACUGAUGUACAUGAGGCAACAAGUGAUGCAUUUUGCCUCAGCUGUCAAUAAUUAAUUCUUAUUAAUAUUUAAGAAUGUGCCUGAGGUUUUAGAAGUCUUGGUAGAUACAUUUGUGAAAUUCUGCAGGUGUAACAAUGCGGCAGAAUUUUCUUUUUUUAUUAUAUUUAUCUACUUUCUCAGACUGAUUUUUUUUGUUUUGUUUUUUAAGGCAAGAAGAUAAGACUGUUUUAUAUAUAAAAUGCAUUAUGUAAAGAAAACAUCUGGGAUGUGGGGCUCAAUAAUAGCAUAGAUUCAGUGUGCUACAGGAAGUCUUUAAAUUUCAGCAAAAAGAUUACAAAGAAUUAUGAGAACAUAAGUUAGAAAUGGAAAAGACCAGCUGGAUUAUUUCUAGGAGGUCAGUGCAAGAUUAUUCCGCGCAAUCAUUUUCUAGUGUUUAGUCUUGCUUAUUUUUCAAAGUCUCGAGUGAUGGCCUUUUCACGAGAUCUGUAGGGAAACUAUGUUCCACAACCUAAUAUUGCUCACUUUCAGAAAAUUUUUCUUAAUGCUUUGUAAUGAAUAGAAAAGAACACAAAGGAAUUCCUAUUUGACAGAAAUAAGUAAUUUUUUUGCAUGUGAUAAUUCUGUUUUUUUGUUGAGUGAUGGUAUAAUUCAUUUCUUUUUGGGGAAAUGGUGCACUGAAAUUGCUAACUGGGAUCCAGUUAAUUGAACUAUUAAAGUUAUGUUUUUGUGUGUCUUGGGGGACAAUAAAAUAAGCAGGAAAAUAUGAUCAGAAGUAGUUUAAAACUGAUAAAGACUACGCAGGAGCUGGCCUUCUUGAUGUUUAAGAGGAAGGGCAUUAAUAGUAUCUAAGCUAAUGCCAGAUAACACUUGGGAGUUCAAAAAGAGACUCUUAACGAUCCGAAGAGGAGUAGAGCCUAUCUGCAUGGAGUCCAGGGGUAAGUGAGAUGAGAAAGGAGGGAGAGAGAAGGAAGCAUGAGAGCUUAGAUGCUGAUUUGAACCUAGAGUUUUUAAUCAAGGAAGUUAAGGAAGGACAAGGCUGGACUUUUAGUUUGUGAGAUCUUCUAAAAUGAAUUUUUUGUAUAACACUCAUUCUGCCUACCCAGUGAGGUCCCAUUAGGUGGAAUUGUGAAGCUGUGUGAUAUACUGUUUUAAUGUAAUCUUUUUUCAGGAUUGUGAAUAAACUUAUUUUUAGCUUGAGACUGCAUUGGGGGGGGGAGGAGGAGGGGCUUCCACAGCUUCCCCUCCCCUAUUUAUCCAGGUCCCUCCAGCAAUUCCCCUGCUGGGACCAUACCGCUUCCAGCCAGUUUGGGGGGGCUUAAAUUAAUUGUGGUGCAUUCUCAAAGGAAGACAGCAUAAUCAAAGGAAAAUGUACAUUGAUGACCAGGGAAAUUAUUUUAAUGGUGAGAUCUUUUAGAUUCUGGAAAGAAAUGUUAGUCACAGUAAUUCUGUUUGCCAUAGUUCCUUCUCCUCCCUUUGUAGUCAAAGAGACAAAGCACCAUGACGAUGCUACCUAUCAGGAACCAAGGAAGCAAAAGUUUUGCUAAUUGUGCUGCGUAUGUAAGGCCCCAGACCAUCUACGUCCCUCAAGUCAGAGACAUCCAAAGCAUGAAUUUAUCUGAGAUAAAUGAAGUAUAGCUGGGGGAGAGAAUUCAGGAAUAAGAUGAGUGGGAAGAGAGACAGCAACCUGAUUUUUACAGCUUGACGAUUUCCCCUUAUUUUAUGUCCAUCUUUUCCAACUCUACUCACAGAGAUACUAUAGAACAGGGGUAGUCAAUAGGUAGACCUCCAGCCAAAUCCAGACCGCCAGACGCUUUUGACUUCUUUGGCUUCAGCCCUGGCCGUUAGAACAGCAGCCAGUGGCCGGAGCAGUAGCCAGCAGUCAGCCCUCGGCAGCAGGGCAGAGACUAUUAGUCUGUCCCCCCUUCCCCCCCAGCUAUUUUUAAUAAAAAAUAGAGACAGGUCAUGGGCUUCCAUGAAUUUAUUAUCAUUAUUGUUGUUUUUGUAUUAUUUUCUCUGGAAUCUGGACCUUGGUUAUACCUUGACCAAGAAAUUUGGACCGUGACAAACAAUAAUUAAUUACCCAGGUAUAGAAAAAGCAGUGGAUGUAACAAACAAUACACUGAAGGGGCAGGCUUCUUUUACUGAGUCAUCUGCAAUAAUUUGAGUGAAGGAACUACUCGUAGAAGUAGAAUCCAGCUGCUAAUACAUGGAGACGACUGUCUUGCUGCCUUAUGCCCAAAAGUGGAUACAUCUCUGGAGGAGUGACAUUGGACAAACUCCAAGGUUCUGCUUUAGAUCUACAUUUUAGUGAUAUAAGUGUUGCAUCCUUAGAUCAAGAAUUAGAAGAUCAAGAAAACAGUGACCUUGGAUUAACAAGUCAAAGGUUACUGGGAAGUUCAGCUCCUGUCAAUAUUCCAGGUUCUGUUGCUCGUUCCUCAUCUUUACAUUCAUCAUCUUCCCUUUCAACCUCUCCACUCAGUUCUCUUUCACAGUCGUUGUCUCAGUCUUUUAUUUCAUCCACUAUGGCUCCUCACCAACAGCAGACUCAGCCUUUGAAAUCAGAACAUAGUAUGUUAGGCACUUCAGCCUCUUCUCAUAACUCUUUAGGUUUAAAUGGUGUUACAGGGAGCAUUUGGGACUUCAUAACUGGGAGUUUCUCUCCUAGUCCAUCCCCAGUAUUGAACAGUGGUACUAUACCCUCAACAAACUCAAACACCAGUGGAAGUGAAUUAGCUCACAUUAGACAGGAACUUGAUGAUGCCAAUCGAAAAAUAAAACGAUGGGAAGAUUCUUGGGAACAAGUAAAGCAGGCAUGUGAUGCAUGGCAGAAAGAGGCCCAAGAGGCAAAGGAACGUGCUAAAGUGGCAGAUGCUGACAAAAAACUAGCUCUUCGGAAAAAAGAAGACUUAGAAAAUAAAUUAAAAAAGCUGCAGGAACAAUUUGAUAUGUGUCUGUCCACUACAGUACUCCAUAUGAAAAGCUAUGGCGAUAUAAAAAAGAUACCAUUACCAAAGCUUCAUUCUUUACAAAACCAACUGCGUUUAGAUUUAGAAACAGUAGAUGGGGUAAUUUUCCAACUUCAUUCAAAGAAGUGUGUUGUAUGCCAAGAACAUGACCGUAGUGUAAUCCUGCAGCCAUGUCAACAUUAUGUACUUUGUGAACACUGUGCAGCUAAACAACAGGAAUGUCCUUGCUGCAAGACGAAAAAAAGAAAUGGUGACGAAAAGUCAUGGUACUUAUAAUCAUGUUAAUUAACUAGAUAUAUUGUAUGUUCUGGUAUUUUAUAUAAGAAUUAUAUCUGUAGUAAUUAAUCCAUUUACUAGUGCUAGACUGAUCUCCAUUUUAACCUUAUAAGAUAUUUUAGUUGUUUUUACUAUAGGAAAUGUGGUUUGGCUGCCUUUACAUAUUGAAUUCUAUUCAUGAAGUUCUAAAGUUCCGUGGUUAUUUCUUUCCCCACCUGGCCUUUUCAGUUUUCCACUUAUAUUCCUGGUGCACAAGCUACUCAGGUUCACUUACAGCAUAAUCACUUCUUACAGGUGUGUACUUGCAAUGCAUGAAUGGGGGAUUUAUGUCCGUGCCUCCCAUUAGCAUUAAUGUAAGACACUCAUGUAAAUACAAUACUUGUUGAUGGGAGGACCUUACCCCUCACCAUGUUUAUGGUGUGCUGUAAUCCUUUGCCAGUAUUUCUGAAUCAGUCUAACACUACUGUUUACUUGGUUAUUUGAAGAAAUUUGAUUCCUGUAAAAGCACUUUGCUAACUGUUUUUUGUUAGAGAUUGUUAUAAAUUGCUUAACCUGCUUUCUAGGUUUUAAUGUUUAUUUUUUUAAUAUUUAGUAUGAAGCUUUGUGUGUGUACUGUGAACUUAAAAUAUUUAUAUCAGUUUUACUGUUAAAUCAUAUUAUGAUAGUAUAGUAUAGUUAAAUUUCAUUUUUGGCUUUAGUAGUUACUAAAUGAACAGUUACGAGAACUUGCCUAGAAUUUUUACAGUUUAAGUCAACUGCAGACUAAUAGUAUUUAUAAGUAUACUAGCAGAGAGUGACAUUGAAAGAGACACAUAUGCGUAAAUAUUCAAAUACUUUUUUUUUAUUUUGUGAAACAAACCAGUUUUCUUAAACAACUGUGCAUUCGCAUAUUGCCCCAAGUUGGAUUUUUGUAGUCUUAAUGAAAGCAAUUGUAUAACUCCUAAUCUGUGUGAUUACCUAUCAUGAAUUGAUAUAAUCCAUAGCCACUUUUACCAAGUGCCUGUGCCUUGCACCCAAUAAAAUUGCAAAAUACGUGAAGGAAACAGUUUGCAAACAAUUUAUACCACCUAAUUCUGUACAGGACAAUUGGAUGAUAAUUAAAAUUCUCAACUUUCUGUAAUAGAAUUUCAAAAUAAUACCUUGCAAUGGACGAAAGAUACUAGGUUUUGUUUUUACAUAAAUACAAUACACCUUUUGGGUUUAGCGCUAAAAUUAUUUAAAUAUUUUAUCAGACAAUGGUGCUUUGUUGUAAUGAUUUUUUUUUAAAAAGUUGUUGUCCAUAUUUAAUGCUGAUGAUUAGGAGUAUGCAGUUUAGGAGAAGUUAAUUAUUGUAUCUUAACACUGUAUCUUGUUACUUUCCUUAAAGUUAACUAUUCUUGUAGGGAAGAGUUACCUGUGGUGUUACUUCUCUUUCCUAUUAAAUACAGGUAUGACACAGUA